AACCUUCACUCACUAAUCAACCUGCAUAGGGUUUCUUUCACCUUCAAUUCCUAUCCAUUUCGCGAAUCUAAAUCCAUCCAUCUUCAACCCUAUCUUCUCUCGCUCUCUAUCUACCUCCUCUGUUAGGGUUAGGGCUUUAGGAGUUCCAAGCAUAACCAUGGCUUCCGUGGACCCCGAGAUCGCGAAAACGCAGGAAGAACGCAAGCGAAUGGAACAGCAGCUGGCGUCUCUCAACUCUGUCACCUUCGAUACCGAUCUCUACGGCGGAAGCGAUAAGGACUCAUACCUCACUUCCAUCCCCGCGAACGAGGAUGACGAGAAUCUCGACGCCAUGGACAACGAGGUUGCGCGCAAGCUCGCUUCCUACACCGCCCCUAAGUCUCUCCUUAAGGACAUGCCCUCCGCCCCCGAAUCUGACGCCGAUAUCGGGUUCCGAAAGCCUCAGCGAAUUAUCGACCGUGAAGACGAUUACCGCCGCCGUCGCCUCAACCAGAUCAUUUCCCCUGAGCGCCACGACCCCUUCGCCGCCGGGGAGAAGACCCCCGACCCCUCGGUGAGGACCUACGGUGAUAUCAUGCGCGAGGAGGCCCUCAAGAGGGAGAAGGAGGAAACUCUGAAGGCCAUCUCCAAGAAGAAGAAGGAAGAGGAGGAGGCUGCCAAGGCUGCUCCGCCGCAGCAGCAGCAGCAGAAGAGGAGGAACCGGUGGGACCAGUCUCAGGAUGGUGCUGGUGCUGGUGCUGCCCCUGUGAAGAAAGCGAAAACUUCUGAUUGGGAUAUGCCGGACACAACCCCGGGGCGGUGGGAUGCUACCCCGACGCCAGGAAGGGUUUCAGAUGCGACCCCUGGGAGGAGGAACCGAUGGGAUGAGACUCCUACCCCUGGUAGAGUUGGGGAUUCUGAUGCAACACCUGCAGGUGGUGUUACACCUGGUGCUACACCUUCUGGUAUGACUUGGGAUGCUACUCCUAAGCUUUCUGGGAUGGCUACCCCAACUCCUAAGAGGCAAAGAUCAAGAUGGGAUGAAACCCCUGCUACUAUGGGAAGCGCUACUCCAUUGCCUGGUGCUACUCCUGCUGUUGCUUAUACUCCUGGUGUUACCCCUGUUGGUGGUAUUGAACUUGCUACUCCAACCCCUGGGGCUUUACAAGGCUCCAUCACGCCGGAGCAGUACAAUUUGUUGAGGUGGGAGAGGGAUAUUGAGGAGAGGAAUCGUCCCUUGACGGAUGAGGAGCUUGACGCUAUGUUUCCCCAAGAGGGGUAUAAGAUUUUGGAGCCCCCUGCUUCGUAUGUGCCCAUUAGGACGCCUGCUAGGAAGCUUCUUGCCACUCCUACUCCGUUGGGGACCCCUCUCUAUCAAAUUCCUGAAGAGAAUCGUGGGCAACAGUUUGAUGUUCCAAAGGAGGUGCCUGGUGGAUUGCCCUUUAUGAAGCCUGAAGAUUAUCAGUACUUUGGGGCACUGUUGAAUGAAGAGAACGAGGAGGAGUUGUCCCCAGAUGAGCAGAAGGAAAGGAAGAUUAUGAAGCUUCUGCUUAAAGUAAAGAAUGGGACACCACCGCAGAGGAAGACAGCAUUAAGGCAGCUUACUGAUAAGGCUCGUGAGUUUGGUGCCGGACCUUUGUUUAACCGGAUCCUGCCGUUGCUGAUGCAGCCUACACUUGAGGAUCAGGAGAGACAUCUUUUGGUUAAGGUGAUAGACAGGGUUUUGUAUAAAUUAGAUGAAUUGGUUCGGCCUUUUGUGCAUAAGAUUCUUGUUGUUAUUGAACCCUUGUUGAUUGAUGAGGACUACUAUGCCCGUGUUGAGGGGAGAGAAAUAAUAUCUAAUCUCAGUAAAGCUGCUGGGCUGGCUACAAUGAUUGCUGCCAUGCGGCCUGAUAUAGAUAACAUUGAUGAAUAUGUUAGGAACACUACUGCUAGGGCUUUUAGUGUUGUUGCAUCUGCUCUGGGUAUACCUGCACUGUUGCCAUUCUUGAAGGCAGUUUGUCAGAGUAAGAAAUCAUGGCAAGCUAGGCACACAGGGAUUAAAAUUGUGCAGCAGAUUGCCAUUUUAAUUGGUUGCGCUGUGUUGCCGCAUCUUAGAUCUCUGGUGGAAAUUAUUGAACAUGGUCUGAAUGAUGAGAAUCAGAAGGUGAGAACAAUCACUGCAUUGUCUCUUGCCGCCCUUGCUGAGGCAGCGGCUCCUUAUGGUAUUGAAAGUUUUGACUCUGUCUUGAAACCGCUGUGGAAAGGUAUUAGGCAACACCGUGGGAAGGUGUUGGCUGCGUUUUUGAAAGCAAUUGGAUUUAUUAUUCCAUUGAUGGAAGCUCUGUAUGCCAGUUACUAUACUAAGGAAGUCAUGCUCAUUCUGAUUCGUGAAUUCCAGUCACCCGAUGAAGAAAUGAAGAAAAUUGUUUUGAAAGUGGUGAAGCAAUGUGUGAGUACUGAGGGUGUGGAAGCUGAAUAUAUUAGAAAUGAUAUCCUCCCUGAAUUUUUCAGGAAUUUCUGGGUUAGGAGGAUGGCUUUGGAUAGAAGAAACUAUAAGCAACUGGUGGAGACUACUGUAGAGAUAGCAAACAAGGUCGGCGUUGCCGAUAUUGUUGGUAGAAUUGUUGAGGAUCUUAAAGAUGAGAGUGAACCAUAUAGGCGAAUGGUUAUGGAAACUAUUGAGAAGGUGGUAACUAACUUAGGGGCUUCAGAUAUCGAUGCACGGCUGGAAGAGCUUCUGAUUGAUGGUAUUCUUUAUGCCUUCCAAGAGCAGACCAGUGAUGAUGCCAAUGUGAUGCUCAAUGGGUUUGGUGCAGUUGUAAACUCACUUGGGCAGAGAGUGAAGUCAUAUCUUCCACAGAUUUGUGGUACCAUCAAGUGGAGAUUGAACAACAAGAGUGCAAAGGUGAGGCAGCAAGCAGCAGAUCUCAUUUCAAGGAUUGCUGUUGUCAUGAAGCAGUGCCACGAGGAAAAUUUGAUGGGUCAUCUUGGUGUUGUCUUAUAUGAGUAUUUGGGAGAAGAGUAUCCCGAGGUUUUGGGAUCAAUUCUGGGAGCUCUCAAGUCUAUUGUCAAUGUUAUCGGUAUGACAAAGAUGACUCCACCUAUUAAGGAUUUACUUCCAAGGUUGACCCCGAUUUUGAAGAAUAGACAUGAGAAAGUCCAGGAGAAUUGUAUUGACCUUGUGGGAAGAAUUGCUGAUCGUGGUGCUGAGUUUGUACCUGCAAGAGAAUGGAUGAGAAUUUGUUUUGAGCUGCUUGAGAUGCUUAAAGCACACAAGAAGGGAAUCCGUAGAGCUACAGUGAACACUUUUGGUUAUAUAGCAAAGGCCAUUGGUCCACAAGAUGUCCUAGCAACUCUGUUAAAUAACCUCAAGGUUCAGGAGAGGCAGAACCGUGUCUGCACUACUGUAGCUAUUGCAAUUGUUGCAGAAACAUGUUCACCCUUCACAGUUUUACCGGCUUUGAUGAAUGAGUAUCGUGUCCCAGAACUUAAUGUGCAAAACGGUGUGCUGAAGUCCCUGUCUUUCCUAUUUGAGUACAUUGGUGAAAUGGGAAAAGACUACAUCUAUGCUGUUACUCCGUUGCUUGAGGAUGCUCUUAUGGACAGGGAUUUGGUUCACAGGCAGACUGCUGCAUCUGCUGUGAAGCACAUGGCAUUGGGAGUGGCUGGUUUGGGUUGUGAGGAUGCACUGGUGCAUUUGCUGAAUUAUGUGUGGCCAAACAUUUUUGAAACAUCUCCGCAUGUGAUUAAUGCCGUGAUGGAAGCAAUUGAAGGAAUGAGAGUAGCCUUGGGAGCGGCCGUAGUUCUGAAUUAUUGUCUGCAAGGGCUGUUCCAUCCUGCCCGGAAAGUUAGGGAGGUAUAUUGGAAGAUUUACAACUCUUUAUAUAUUGGAGCUCAAGAUGCUCUUGUAGCAUCAUACCCUGCCUUGGAGGAUGAGCACAACAAUGUAUACUGUAGGCCAGAGUUGAUGAUGUUCAUCUAGUUGGAUUUUGAUUGUUUAGUUCAAUAAUUUCUAUCCCCAAUGUAUUUGGUAGGUUUCCAUACUUCCUCGAAGCCAUGUAAAGCGUUGUUGUCCGAACAUUAUUUUGUUUGAGAUAUUGCGUCUCACCAGAUGAUCCGUUAUAGUAGCUAACUGAGGUUAAAUGAAA